AUGCUCGCUUCUAUCCGGAGAUUGCCGCUGCGCCAGGCCUCGGUCGCCGCCGAGUGCCUCUCGUCGUCGUCGCGCUCGUCGUCGCGCCUCUUCAGCCAGAUCCGUGCAUCCUCGAUCGCUUCGACAAGCCGCGCCCUCCCGGUUUGCAGCCCCCGGGCCACCUCGCUACUCUCCUCUGCAUCAACACAGGCAUCCAUCUCUCGAGUGUUUUCCACCUACACGACUCUUCGUGAGCAGGAGCGCGAGCAGCAGCUCGAAGAGGGCGCACAAGCCUCGGCGGUGCCCGAGCUCCAGCCCGCCGACCAGUCCGGCCCGGAAUCGAGAGAACCCACGUACAAGCCGCCUCGCGUCAAGGACAGCACCUUCGACUCGAUGAAGGGUCACAUCUCCUACCCGACGUGGAAGGCGCUGACGGUCAAGCCGUUCGGCUACAAGGACAUGUCGCUCGUGCAGGAAAAGGUGCUCCACUUGCUGCCUGAGCUGGCCGAGAAUCUGACCAAGGAUUCGGCGCCCAUGGAGGACGGCAGGGGCCGUGACCUGCUGGUCAAGGCCAAGACUGGAACCGGAAAGACGAUCGCCUUCCUGGUGCCCGCCAUCGAGGCGCGCGUCAAGGCCAUUGCGGGCGUCCAGCGCGGCCACUUCUCCCCGGCCUGGACCAAGAUGCUCGAGCGCCACCGCCCCGACUUGGACUUUGCCUCCCUCGACAAGCACGGACGCGUCGGCAUCGCCAAGCAGUUCACCCAGAACACGGUCGGCACGCUGAUUCUGUCGCCCACGCGAGAGCUGGCUACCCAAAUCGCCACCGAGGCCCAGAAGCUGCUGAUGCACCACGACGACCUGCAGGUGCAGCUCCUCGUCGGCGGUGCCAGCCGCAACCACCAGAUCAACGACUGGCGCCGCGGUCGGCCCGACAUCAUUGUCGCCACGCCCGGCCGCCUGCUUGACCUGCUCAAGGACGUCGGCAUGAUGAAGGAGGCCAUGUCGGCGUGCCAGACGCUCGUCCUCGACGAGGCCGACACGCUUCUCGAGAUGGGCUUCCGCGACGACCUCAAGGCCAUUCUCGACUUCCUGCCGCCCAAGGGCGAGCGCCAGACGAUGCUCUUCUCGGCCACCGUCUCGCCCGAGAUCCGCAGCAUUGCCCGCGCGAGCCUCGAAAAGGACCACCGCUUCAUCGACUGCGUGCCGGCCGGCGAGGACAACGUGCACAAGCACAUUCCCCAGUACUGCACCGUCCUCAACUCGGCCGACGAGCAGAUCCCGCACGUCCUCCGCCUGAUCGCACACGACCAGCUGGCCAACCCGGGCAAGUCCAAGGUCAUUGUGUUUGCGCCCACCACCAAGAUGACGCAGAUGCUGGCCGAGGUGCUAAAGGACACGCAGAAGAUCCUGCCCGCCGGUCGCUCCACUGCGCUCUAUGAGAUCCACAGCAAAAAGGACCAGAACCAGCGCUUCAAGGUCAGCGACCGCUUCCGCAAGGACCAGAGCGGCGCCAGCAUCCUCAUCACCAGCGACGUGAGCGCCCGUGGCGUCGACUACCCGGGAACCUCGCGGGUGAUCCAGGUCGGCAUCCCGUCCAACAAGGACCAGUACAUCCACCGUAUCGGCCGGACGGGUCGCGCCGGCGCCGAGGGCCGCGCCGACCUUGUGCUGCUCAACUGGGAGCAGGGCUUCCUCCACUUCCAGCUCGACGACCUGCCCGUGCAGAAGCUUUCGGUCGACGAGAUGACGGGCGAGCUGCAGCAGCUCUGCGAGAAGUUCGACGAGUCGCCCGACGAGUUUGAGGCGCCGCCGCUCACGCAAGAGCAGAAGAGGGCAUUCCGGGCCAAGCGCGGCGCUCGCGAACUGCCGAAGCAGCUCAAGCUCAAGGGCCCGCUGUCGGGCAGGUACGAGGUCGAGCGACUCAACGACGAGCUCGAGCAGAGCCUGGCCGAGCUGGACCCGGACAUGGUGCGCGAGGUCUUCGGCUCGCAGCUCGGCUUCUACAUGGGCCGCGUGCCCGAGCUGCGAACGACCAAGUCGUCGAUCCUCCAGGGCCUCAAGCAGUGGGCCGUCCAGGCGGGCAAGAUGGAGCGCGAGCCCUUCGUCGGCGAUGACUUCCUGCGCAAGCUCGGCUUCUCGUCCAAGGACCUCCACGGCGGCGACAGCGGCAGCGGUAGCGGCGGCGGCGGAUUCGGCGGGCGGGAUCGCGGCGAGCGGAGCUUCGGUGGCGCAAGGCGGGAAGGCGGUGGCAGCGGCGAGCGAAGCUUUGGCGGGCGCGGGCGCGACUCGUUCAGCGACCGCCCGCGCCGUGGCGGCUUCGGCGGCGGCAGCGACCGCGGUCCGUCCCGCUUUUCGCGGCGUGACGAGGGGCGGUUUGGCGCCUGA